AAAAAUGCAAUUUUUCAUUUUAAAUUUAAAACUCAAUUUCGGUUCAAGUUCUUGAAGUUUGAUUUACAGGAAAGUCCAAAACUGCUAUAUGAAAUUGUAUUGUUGAUAUGAGUGAAGUUUACCUUGUUAACCUAGACAUUUCACGAGUUGAAUUUGAAAUAUUGUGAUUACCAAGACAAUUAUUCCACUAACUUGACUGAGUUGCCCCGACUACAUGAACUAUAUGUGAGAUUAUUAAUUAUUAAUUAUAUAAAUUAUAUAAAUCAUUUAAAAACCAUAGGGAGUCCAUAAAGAAAAGAGAUUUGUAACCUUUGAACUCUCUGGCGGCUCGCCCUCUCCCUAACUCCCUGUCAUAGACCCAGACUGCAGUUCUCUGCCUCUGGUGUCCGCUCCCUUUUCUGUCAAUCUCCUCGGAAGUCGGAAGCGGUCACCAUCGCCGAUUGCCAGGGAAAGUUCAAGCACUCAAGCUACUUGUUUCCAAUUAUAGCUUCCCAGAAUCGCAGCUCUUCAAACACUGAAGCAUCAACUCCUUUGCUAAUCGUUGCAAAACUCUUCACCGGUGUGACAGUGUCGUGCUUCAGUGCUUUGCCACAGCCUUGGAUGGUCUUACCAGAAAAUGCGUCAGUGACAAGAAAAUUGGUGAUUGUGUGUUCUCUCUUCACCUGGAUUCAAACAUCUCUCUGUCGAGUUUUCUUGAUGCUUUAUUUAGAGCUGCACAAGCUUUCAUAUCAGAAAUGCUAUGGAGAUCCAAACGCCUCUUAGUCAGGCUUUCAUAUCAAUCAACUAAAACCCAAUUUCUCUCCUCAAUUCACAGUCUCUGUCCACCCAUUGAUUAUCCAAUCAACAUUCAUCAAACUUCUUCCUCCACCGAGCAUUUCUGCAAAGCUCCAGGGACUUACAGAAUCAUCCUCACCCCACAGGUUGUAGAAUCCACUCUUCUGAAUUGCCAUUCUGAUCUGAUUUCUCUUUGCUUCUUCUUAUGGUGUGCUAAGCAACCAAAUUACUUUCAUCAAAAGGGAGCUUUUGCGCACAUGGUGAAUGUAGUCUCUCGGCUCACUCAGAGGUUCAGAACAUUGAAAGGACUUCUUGAUGAGUUGGAGAAUGUGGGUUCUGUGAUAAAGGCAGGGGAUUUAUUGCUGUUUUUGAGAAUUUAUUGGUUUGGAGGAAUGCACAGUAUGGUUUUCGAGACUUUUGAGGAGAUGCUUAGGUAUGGGUACACACCAAACACGUUUGCUAGGAACAUACUGAUGGAUGUGUUGUUCAAGAUUGGACGUGUAGGUGUAGCAGUUCAAGUUUUGAAGGAGACCCAGGUCCCUAAUUUCUUAACUUUUAGCACUGCUGUGUGUCAUUUGUGCAAACUCAAGGAUUUGGUUAAUCUCCAAGGUGUACUUAGGAGCAUGUUGAGGAAAGGCUAUUAUCUUAAACCUGAGACAUUUUCAUUCGUUUUGAGUUGUUAUUGUAAAUUAGGUCAGUUAGCAGUGGCUACACAAUUGUUGGGUCUUAUGAUUGUCUUGGGCAUUCCCACCUCUGUGCGUGUUUGGAGUAUAUUAAUUGAUGGAUAUUCUAAGUCUGGCAGGCUUGAUAUUGCUGAUUAUUUGCUAGCUAAGAUGGUUGCUGGUGGAUGUACCCCAGAUAUUGUAGCAUGCACCUCUCUAAUCAAGGGAUAUUUAGAAUCUCAGAUGACUAGCAAGGCAUUUGAGAUCUUAGCGGCUAUGGAAUCUAAGGGAUGCUACCCUGAUUUGGUUAUGUGCAAUGUACUAAUAGAUUGUCUCUCAAAACUAGGGAGUUAUGAUGAUGCAAUUGAUGUUUUCUGUAGUUUAAGUGAGCGGGGAUUGACCCCUGAUUCUUAUACGCUUUCCUCUAUAAUGUCAACCAUUUGUUUGUCCAAGGAAUUCACCCUCUUACCUGUACUGAUCAGUGGACUAGACAUAACUGCUGAUUUAGUUGUGUGUAACUCCUUUCUGAGCUAUUUUUGCAAAGCUGGUUAUCCUGCUGGCGCCGUUGAGUUUUAUAAUGACAUUAUAGGUAGAGGUUUUCAACCGGAUAAGUAUACUUAUACUGGAUUAUUGAGUGGGUUAUGCAGAUUAGGUAAGACUAGUCAAGCAGUUAACGUUUAUUGGGGAAUUGUAAAGUCUGAACAUGGACUUGAUGCUCAUAUUCACACUGUGAUCAUUAAUGAGCUUAUAAAGUCUGGUGAAUUUCAUCAAGCUGUCAGAUUAUUCAGGAAAGCUGUAGCAGAGAAGUUCCAGCUUGAUGUUGUUUCCUAUACGGUUGCCCUUUGCGGGCUCCUCAAAGGUGGCCUUGUUGGAGAUGCGUAUAUUUUGUUUAAUGAAAUGAAGGAAAUUGGUUUGGCUCCGAAUAUACACACCUACAAUUUGAUGCUAUCAAGAGUAUGUAAAGAUGGAGAUGUUAGGAUGAUUAAAAAGAUACUUGUUGAAAUUAAUGAUAUAGGGCUUCGGUUUAACCAUAUUACUUUCAGAUUGAUGAGGAAACUUCUGCACAAAUCGCAUCAUUCUAGUCUUGUAUUUAACCUAUUUUUGGAGUUGUGGGAUUCUGGAGUGCUACCUAGGAAUACACAGAGACUUGUGUUUGAUAAAGCUAUUUGUUAUCAAAAUGUCAAGGAUGCACAUUUAGAUAACCCCUUGCUUGUUCUUGAUACUGAUACAUCCAGCUCCGAAGACAUCCCUGAUGUGGCUGUUUCAGUGGGUUGAUGGUAACUCGAACAAAAAUCUGUAGAAGCAUGCAAUUAGGGUUGGAGAGCAGAAAAGCAUUCUAUCCCUAGACCCCAACAACAUGAAGUUUCAAUUGGUUCCCCAAGAUAUAUUGCUUCUGAGCAAGUGCCUGUUCAAUAUGGUGGCCUUAGCCGAGAAGGUGAUUAUGAGCUCACUACUGCUGACCUGUAACCGAGGAUGCAAUCAAGCCAACUUCUAAGCACUAUCUAAUUGCCUGUUACUGAGGAUUGCAGUUUGGUUUGGUAAGUGAGAGUGAUAGGCUAGGACGCCUCUGUUGAGCAUAUAACUAUUAAUGUUCAAUCCAACUAUCAGCUUAGGCUUUUAGUUGAGAUGGAGCACAUGCUUCAAUUUGGUAUCAGAGCCAACGCCUAAUGAAGGCGUCGAGAAAUGAAGGGUGGAUCGGCCAAUGAGACGAUAACUUGGCAACACAUACAAUUCAGAGGGUGCAGGGAAAGGUAGUGCUAACAUUUGACAACCAGACUUCUUAAGGGAAGAAGUUUCUCUACAGGAACAAGACCAAGCCUUCUGCUUCAUCAACUUCUAUUUAAAAGGGUUCUUUUCUUUCUCUAUGGAUUUUUUUUUUUUUUUUUCAUUCUUUUCUGUUAUAAGUUUAAUUUUAUGGUUUUAUACAUUCAUCCCUAUGUUCGUACACCCGAAUUGAAGGUGGAAGAGGAAAGGAAUACAAGAGAGAGUAAAGAGAGCUAAAGAGAGUUGAGAGCACAUUAUAAUAUUUUUUCCAUUCUUCU